AUGACAAUUGACAUUGACAAUUGGGUUGGAGAAUGUGACAAGUGUCAACGGAAAGGAAAGCCGUUGGCAGUUGUUUUGCCCCUUGAAAACAUAAAGGGACGGGAGUUUGUAAAUGAGCUCAACAAUGAACUCUGCACCCUCCUACAUAUUGAGCGCAGUGUCACAGCUGCAUAUCACCCCCAAACAAAUGGUCUGGAUGAGAAGACAAAUCAUAACAUAAAGCAGGCGCUCACAACGCUUGUAAAUGACAGACAGAACAAUUGGGACACGUACUUGAAGGGAGUUUUGUUCGCGUUGCGAUCGAAAGUCCAUACAUCCGCAAAGCAGACUCCCUUUCGCCUGCUGUAUGGAAGGGAGGCCGUUUUUCCUGCUGAACUACCUGUGCAUGUGCCGCUGUCCAUAACACUCCCAGAGGAAGCAACAUACAAUGCGUGUAUUGAAGGCAGAGAAGAGGAAAUGAAGACGACACACUCCAAAGCAGAACAAAAAAUGGCUCAGGCACAUGAAAAGCAGAGGCUUGCCUAUGCAAAAAAAACCUUAAAGAAAUAUAGAGCAGUGUCGUAUAGCAUUGGACAGGAAGUGCUUCUGUUCAACAUGAGGAAGAAGGGAAGAAAGGGGGGACGGAUUGAGCCAGACUUCAGUGGACCGUACACCAUUGAGGCAAUUAAUGGCAAACUUGCCACACUGGCCAAUUUGAAAGGUGUCACUUUAAACUCAAAAUACAGUUUAGAUCACCUCAAGCCUUAUAAACAAAGAAGGCCAAAAUCAGACUACUCUACCAACAAAAGUCGAAUCACUAUUGAUGGCAAGCUGAGCCCAGACAAGAACUACUGCUGCAAGUACCCCAUCAAUGCGCUUGUUAAGCUGGGGAAAGAGUCAGAAGAGACGCAGAGGCUUAAUAUUUUAUCUGUGGUGGAGAUGUCUGCGGUGCUGGGCUGA